AUGAACUUCACAGUGGGUUUCAAGCCGCUGCUCGGGGAUGCACACAGCAUGGACAGCCUGGAGAAGCAGCUCAUCUGCCCCAUCUGCCUGGAGAUGUUCUCCAAACCGGUGGUGAUCCUGCCCUGCCAGCACAACCUGUGCCGCAAGUGUGCCAAUGACGUCUUCCAGGCCUCAAACCCUCUGUGGCAAUCCCGGGGCUCCACCACUGUGUCUUCAGGAGGCCGUUUCCGCUGCCCGUCUUGCAGGCAUGAGGUUGUCCUGGACCGACAUGGUGUCUAUGGCCUGCAGCGGAACCUGCUAGUGGAGAACAUUAUCGACAUUUACAAGCAGGAGUCCUCCCGGCCGCUGCAUUCCAAGGCUGAGCAGCACCUCAUGUGCGAGGAGCAUGAAGAUGAGAAGAUCAAUAUCUACUGCCUGAGCUGUGAAGUGCCCACUUGCUCUCUCUGCAAGGUCUUCGGCGCCCACAAGGACUGUGAGGUGGCCCCACUGCCCACCAUUUACAAACGCCAGAAGAGUGAGCUCAGUGAUGGCAUCUCGAUGCUGGUGGCAGGCAAUGACCGUGUGCAAGCAGUGAUCACGCAGAUGGAGGAGGUGUGCCAGACCAUUGAGGACAACAGCCGGAGGCAGAAGCAGUUGCUAAACCAGAGGUUUGAGGCCCUGUGCGCAGUUCUGGAGGAGCGUAAGGGUGAGCUGCUGCAGGCGCUGGCCCGGAAGCAGGAGGAGAAGCUGCAGCGCGUCAGGGGCCUCAUCCGCCAGUACGGAGACCACCUGGAGGCCUCCUCUAAGCUGGUGGAGUCCGCCAUCCAGUCCAUGGAGGAACCGCAGAUGGCGCUCUAUCUGCAGCAGGCCAAGGAGCUGAUCAAUAAGGUCGGGACAAUGUCAAAGGUGGAGCUGGCUGGACGGCCGGAGCCGGGCUAUGAAAGCAUGGAGCAAUUCACCGUGAGCGUGGAGCAUGUGGCCGAAAUGCUGAGGACCAUCGACUUCCAGCCAGGCGCUUCUGGGGAGGAAGAGGAUGAGGAGGUAGCGUUGGACGGGGAAGAGGGCAGCGCAGGGCCAGAGGAAGAGCGGCUGGAGGGGCCGGAAGGUGAGUGUGGGCAUUGGCGGGGUCUGGCUGCUCCUUUCACUGCUCACUCUCUCAGCCUCGGCUUCGGCGACGAUCGCAUCACCACCCAUCCCAACCUUCUCCUAAUCUGGGACCACUUCGGGGGCGGAAGUGGAAUGAACCCCUAUUGGGCACCUCCUUGA